AUUCCUCUUACAAGAAGAAGCAGAGAUGCAGGUUAAAGCAGGCGUUCAGUUGGUCUUUUUUCUCUCUCUUCUGUCAUUCUUGCGUCAAGGGUCGCGAGUCGUGGUGAUAGCUCCUUAGAUCCUGUUCUAGCCACCAAAAGGAGGGGCACCAACACAAGAGUCUCUGCCAGAAGCUGCAUAUCAACAUCUCUCACCAGGCCCGAAAAUGGCCUCGCCGGUGCCAGCCUUGCCGCCCUUUGCGCCAUUUCUGACGGCGGAUCUGCGGGCGCAAAUCCAGCCGGACGAAUGGUCCGCCUGCACGACAGCAUGGGCAUCGCUUGUUGAGGCGCACCUGGCCCUCCCGGACCCGGAGUUUGCCAAGUGCUCGCUCGCCGACGACUCCAUCCCCGCAUUCCUCUCCGCAUUCUCGGAAGAGGUUGCCUCCGCCGGGCCCGCCAUCCUCGGCGCCGCGGCGGGUGUGCAGGUGCCCCUGCGCAGGGUCGUCUUCGACCUCACCAGACGCCUGCUGCUCUCCCCUACCACUUCCAGGAACGCCAUCGCCACUGCGGUCCAGCCGCUCCUGCGGUGGGAGUUCUUCGCGGACCUGUGUCGCGUGCACAGCAAAGGCCUCGUCGUCGACCUGCUCGCCGCCCUCCCGGCGGCCCACCGCGCCGCGCUCGACUCAUCCCUCACGGCCCUCAAGAAGUCCCUUGUCCCGGACCUAGAGGCCGGGCUCGCCAACCCGCCCCAGAAGCUGCGCGAGCUCGAGGGCCGGCUCGACAGGCUCAACUUCCUCCUCGCCCGCUCCCCGCCCGCCGGCGUCUUCUUCCUGGCCGGGAGCGACUUCCUCGACGGGCUUGUCUCGUGCUUCCGGCCCACGAACCCGCCGCUGCGCCGCGUCCUCGUCGCCACCACGUACUUGUGCGUCGUUGGCUUCGCCGAUGCCGGGUCCGGGCCGGCGGCGGGCGUCAGCGGCAGCUACGGCCCGCUGACAGACCAGCUCUACGCGCUCAAGGCGGCCGCGGACGCGCACCGCGCCGGGCCGACCACGGCCGACGACUCGCUCGUGGCCGAGCUCGUGACGUCGACGCCGCUCGUCGGGCACCUGGAGCGCCAGCUCGGGAGGAACGAGUCGGUGCCCGCCGCCGGCCGGGCCAGGGCCGUGCUCAGGGAGCUCGCCGGGUUCAGGAGGCCCGGCGUCGGCCUGAGGCAGCCGGCGGCGCGGCGGCUGGUGCGGAAGAAGGUCGACAAGGGCAAGGGGGUCGCGUUGGACCUCGGCGUGCCCUCGACCGAGAUGCACAUCCAUCGCAUGCAGCAGAUCACACAGGUGCAGGAUCUGUUCCCCGAGCUCGGCUCCGGCUUUGUGGCCAAGCUCCUGGACGAGUACGGAGAGGAUCAGGAACAGGUGGUUGCGCACCUGUUGGACGACUCACUACCCGAUCACCUACAGGGCGCCGAUCGGAGCGAAGAGCUCGUCUCGAAUACUGGGCAUCGAAAGCCAUCCAUCACUAAAUCCAUGGCCCCAAGGGCGACGCCGCCUCUCAGGCCGACCCAAGUACCAACUCGGCACAGCAUCUUCGACAAUGACGAGCUGGACAGCUUGACCGUCGACGCGACAAAACUCCACCUCGGAAAGCAAAAUCCAGGCCGCACCGCAGACGAUAUCCUCAAGGACCGGUCAGGAGCCCCCAACAAGGCCGCCAUCCUGUCGGCCCUCGCCACCUUCGACCUGGACGACGACGAGCGCGACGACACGUACGACGCCGAGGACGUCGGCGGCACCGUGGACGCGGCGGGCGGGGCCGAGGACGACAUUGGCGGCGCGACCGAGGAGGCCCUCUACAAGGCCUGGCAGGCGGACCCGGGCAUCUUCGCGAGGGAGCCCGCGGCGCGCAGGGGACCCUCCCGGGCCAGGCUCCGCAUGGAGACGGGCAUGACGGACGAGGCGGUCGAGGGCUGGGGCCUGAUGCUGUCGCGCGACCCCAAGCAGCAGCGCAAGCUCGAGGCCAGGUACGCCUUCACGGGCGCGCAGGCUGAGCUGGAGUCGACGGCGUGGCGCGCGAGCCCCGGCAGCGGUUCCGGCGCGGAGGACUCGGAGGGCGGCGGCAGCUCCUCGUUCCGCGGGCGUGGCAGGGGCCGCGGUCGUGGAAGAGGCGGCGGUCGCGGUGGCGGCGGCGGCGGCAACGUCGCUGGGCCGACGGGUGAGAAGGAGACGGAGCAGGCCAGGAGGCGCAAGGAGGCGAGCAAGAGCUCCCGGGCCAACCACAACCGGCGGGACCAGCGGGCGCGCAAGAUGGCGCGCGGUGGGCUGCCGGGAUGAGUUUGGAGGGAGUGGGGGCUUCACGGUCGCGGUCGCUUGUGCAUGCAAUAUUGUCACUGACGGGGGUUCCAACGGCCCUGGCACUCUACUGGGUACGUACUAUCUAGAGCAGGACGGCUACGUAGAGACAUGGUUUCACCGUGAAUAACCUACACACGGCAUAUCACGGUGUACCCUCUCAAGCCGAUUUAAUUCAACAAAUAGUCUGAAAAAGGGCUUCGGAUGAGGUAACUCUAUUAUCGAGCAACUGCGUGGAAAGAACUUCUGCAAUCCCUACUCAUCUAAUGUGCCUGCUGAAUUAAACCGGCUUAGGAGGGUGUUAUUGUCAAUGGGGUGCACA